CUUUUCCCAUUGCUCGCGCUCGCACGCCGGCGUCGCGCGAAGCCCAGUGCUCGUCUAUAAGACUAUAAAUACACUCUUGUCUAAGCUCAAUUCGUACUGGAUCCCCCCGGCAGACCACCUGACCCGUGCGAGCGAGAUGGCCGCCAGAAGGCACGCCGGGAGCAGCUCCGGUUCCACUUCGGCGAACCUAAGCAUGAAGCUGCUGGUGGAGGUGGACAGACGCGGCACGCCCAGGCGCGUGGUGUACGCCGAGGCUGGCAAGGACGUCGUCGACUUCCUCCUCACCUUCCUCACCUUGCCGAUCGGCACGGUCGUCAAGCUGCUCCGGAGGAACUCCAUGCCCAUGGUAGGCUGCGUCGGCAACCUGUACGGCAGCGUCGAGAAGCUCCCCGACGACUUCAUCUGCCACAGGGACGCUAGGGCCGCCAAGGACACGCUGCUCAGGCCCGCCGGCGGCAGGCUUCCCCUGCUCACCAACGCGGGGUCGUCCAGCACCGGCGGCUUUGUGAGGGCGGGCGUGACCUACACGGUCAUGGACGACCUCGAGGUUGCUCCCAGGUCUAACGUCGAUUUCAUCACCAGCCUCAACAAAUAUGGUAUCAGGGACAUCAGCUGUCUCCACGGGAAGGAUGUCCAAGUUGGCCACACCGAGGGUCUCCAGAUACUGAGGGCGUCACUCAAGUCGAAGACGGUCCUCACCGACGUCUUCCUUCGGACGAACACUCCGAGUCCGAGUCCGAGGGCCUUAACCGCAGGGUGAAGUGUCCUCGCCGUGUCAUCCUUGUGGUGCGUGCAUGUGUGUCUUUUGGUCAUAUGGUUCGUGGCCUUCGGCAUCCUUGACUGAAGCUCACUUCUUGAACCCACGAAACCUGUGUUGGUCACUGGUUCACGGCUCACAUACUAUGAAUAAAGGCAAGGAGUUAUAUCA